AUGAGAGGAGCUGGAGGCUUCUAUAAAGGGACAAGUACUGAACAAACUCCUUUUUUUGGAGAUAAAGAAAAAAAGUUAAUUGAAAAAAUGACAUGGCCAGAAAUUUAUAAUCGCAAAAUUGAUGUAUCUAAAAUUAAUUUUAAUGUAGUAGAAAAAUGGAUAAAUAAAAGAUUAACUGAAAUUUUAGGUUUCGAAGAUGAUAUUUUAUUUGAUUACUGCUUAUCUCAAUUAAAAUAUUCAAAGGAGAAAAAAGAUGAUGAAGAACAAAAUUAUUUGAACUCGAAAAAAUUAAAAAUAAAUUUGACUGGUUUUAUAGGUAACAAGAAAAGUGAAAUUUUUGUUAAAGAAUUAUUAGAAUUAUUGAUAUCUAAUGAAGGAAAUGAUGAAAAUACUUUAAACUCAUUAAUUGAAAACAAAAAAAAUGAGAUAGAAGAGGUUAAAAACCAAAAUGAAAUUAUAAAAAAAAAUAUAGAAAGUAUUAAAAAUAUCUAUAUUGAAAAUGAAAAUAUAAAAAAAAGUGAAUAUUCCCAUAAGGAAAGGCAUGAAGUAGAUGAAGGCAAUGAAAAUGAUAAUGUUGAAAAUUUUAAAAAUAAGCAUAAAGAUAGAGUUAAAAAACACAAUAAAAAUUCUCCUGAUGAAAAUAAUAAUUAUAAUAAAAAAGAAAGAGAUGAGCAUGUAAGUUUAUCAUAUACACAGUCAUCUUUAUCAUAUCAAGGUUCAAAUUCAGAUUUAAAUUCAAAUUUAAAUUCAGAUUCAGACUCAAGCUCAGAUUAUUAUAAAAAUGAAAAAAAUAGAAAAUAUAAACAUAAAAAACAUUUAAAAAAAAAAAGAAAUAAGCAUAGUAGCAAAUAUACAUCGAGUGAUGAUAGUACAUCUAAUACAUUAUCAUAUAGUGAUAUAUCAGAGUAUAAGAAGAGAAGAAAAUCAAGUUCUUCAAGUUAUGAGAGAAAAAGUAAUGAAAAAUAUUAUAGUAAAUCUAAUAUAGAUAAAAAAAGAAAAAGAAAAAGAGAAAAAGAAAGAGAAAGAGAAAGAGAAAGAGAAAAGAGAAGAAAAAGAGAUAGAGAAAUAGAGAGAAAAAAAGAGAGAGAAAGAGAAAGAGAAAGAGAAAGAGAAAGAGAAAGAGAAAGAGAAAGAGAAAGAGAAAGAGAAAGAGAAAUAGAGAGAGAAAGAGAAAUAGAGAGAAAAAAAGAGAGAGAUAGAGAAAGAGAAAGAGAAAGAGAAAUAGAGAGAAAAAAAGAGAGAGAUAGAGAAAGAGAAGACAAAAAAAGAAGAAAAAGAGAAAGAGAGAGAAAAAAAGAUAGAGAUAGAGAUAGAGAAAUGAGAAAAAAAAAAGAGAAAGAAAGAAAAAAGUUAAAAGAAAUAUAUGAUAAUAAAAUGAAAUCAAAUAGCGUAUCAGACAAUGAUGAAAAUAGUGAUCGCACAAUAUUAAAAAAAAAUGAAGAUAAGUAUUACUUAAAAGAGAAUAGUUCUACUAGCUCAGAAAAAAGUAAUUCGAUUAGUGAUUCAUCAGAAUCUUUAAAAGCUAUUAAAAGUAAACAGAAGAAAGAAGUUGAUGCAGAAAGUAACAAAAAUCAUAAAAAUUCUAUAAUGGAAAAAAAAGACUGUUCUUUAAAAUAUUGUAAAGAGAGCAAAAUAAAAGAAAUAGACAGUAUACUAAAGAAAAAAAGUUACAAAAAUUCUAAAAAAAAAUUAAGAGCAUGGUCAUCGUCAGAAAGUGAAAACAUAGAAGAAAAAUAG